AUGGCUCGCCUUUCCAAGAUCGCUCUCGUCACCCUGGGAUCCCUGAGUGGAGUUAACGCAUGGGGAGCCCUGGGACAUGCAACAGUCGCCUACGUUGCUCAAAACUAUCUCUCUGCCAGCACGGCGUCCUGGGCGCAAGGCGUGCUUGGAGACACCUCUGGCUCAUACCUCGCAAGCAUUGCCUCCUGGGCAGACUCCUACCGCACCACCACCGCAGGCAAAUGGUCCGCACCUCUCCAUUUCAUUGACGCCGAGGAUAGUCCCCCCACCAACUGCAAUGUGGAUUACGCCCGCGAUUGUGGCAGCGCCGGUUGCUCCAUCUCCGCAAUUGCCAACUAUACCCAGCGUGUCGGGGACAGCCGUCUCAGCAACGCUCACGUCGCCGAAGCCCUCAAGUUCCUGGUCCAUUUCCUAGGAGACAUCACCCAGCCUCUGCACGACGAGGCGUACCAAGUCGGCGGCAACGGAAUCAAAGUCACUUUCGACGGGUACAGCGACAACCUGCACUCCGACUGGGAUACCUACAUGCCCCAGAAGCUCAUUGGCGGUAGCACGCUGGCCGACGCCAAGUCCUGGGCUACCAGCCUGGUCGGCGAGAUUGAUUCGGGCAGUUACCAGUCCCAAGCACCAAGUUGGAUCAAAGGCGACACGGUGACCGAUCCCAUUGCCUCGGCGACUCGCUGGGCGUCGGACGCAAAUGCCUAUGUCUGCUCGGUCGUCAUGCCCAACGGCGCGGCCGCUCUCCAGACGGGUGACCUCUACCCUACGUACUACAAUUCCGCGAUCGGAACGAUUGAGCUGCAGAUUGCCAAGGGUGGAUACCGAUUGGCCAACUGGCUCAACAUGAUCUAUAGCAAUGAGAUCGCGAAGCGCGAUCUGGAGGGUUACGUUGCAAAGGGCGCCAACGAUGGUCCGGAUUUGAUGGGUCGUGAUUUGUUGCCCGAGCCUCGUGGUGUAAGCCGGGCUCAGCUGGCUCGUGAUGCUAUGGGAGAGUCCUGCUGUGGGUCGGCCAGACACGCUCAUUAA